AUGGUACCGGCCGAAGGCUCUCCAAUGCUUAAGUCAGCUAUGAGUGGUAAAUUUGGUAGAGUAACAGUAAAGGACUUUGUGCAAGUUGCUGUGGUGGUGACACGUGUCUUGGAGAUUAAGUUCGGCAGUUGGGAGCUUUGGCAGUCGGGAGCUUUGGCAGGUGUCUGGCACCUCGGAAGAGUGUCUUCCUUCGGCAGGGGAGAAGGCGUGUCUACCUUGGUGCUAGUAUUUUUUAGGCUGGAUAUGCUCGGUUGA